GACGCUAUUCAAUAUGGCGGCAGUAGAUAACGUCGCGACGUCGUCAUAAAUACAUUGUCUUUCAAAUUAUUUGUAGUGCGUCACUAAAUUUAUUUUGUUUUGUACUCGUUCUCUCAAAAUCACUUCAUCCUUCUGUUUAUCAUGAGUUCUACAGCUUCCACCCCCAUGUUUGCUUGCUCUCGCUGUUUCUCGAGACAUCCUUUUGAAGAACUGUCUCCAGGAGAACAGCUCUGCAAGGAAUGUCGCGGAUCUUUCCCUGUCGUCAAGUGUACGUAUUGCCGGUCGGAGUUUCAACAAACAAGUAAAUCAAACACCUCUUCUAUAUGCAAGAAAUGUGAAGCUAACGUCAAGGCCUAUGGGAAACCCUCGGCUUGUGAAUACUGCAACAUUAUAGCUGCCUUCAUUGGCAAUAAAUGUCAGCGUUGUGCAAAUUCCGAACGCAAGUAUGGCCCAGCGGUCACUUGCGAGCAAUGCAAGCAACGCUGCGCCUUUGACCGCCAUGACGAUAGUAAAAAGGUUGACGGCAAGCUGUUGUGUUGGCUCUGUACCCAGUCUCUCAAGCGGGCAUUGGCACGGACCAAACAGCAUCUUUCUUCGGUGGAUAAACACAAGCAUAGGGGACACAAAUCAAAAAGCAGCCACAAGGAGAAGCGUAAAUCGGACAUGAUGAAGUCCAUGAACACCUCUGACUCCUCCCUGAAUGACUCGCAGCCGCUCGAGAAGAAAUCCAAGAUGAACCCCAUGCAAGGUAACCGAGGUGAAGUGGACCCGAACAGUUCCGACCACGUGGUGGCGAUGACGCAGCUCAAGGAGACCAUCGCCAGCUUGCAGAAGAAAGUGCAGCAGAAGGACAACGAGCUGCUGGCUAAGGAUAAACUGAUAACUGAGCUAAAGGCGCAGCACCACAACAACACAACAGACAUCCGAAACGAGAUGAAAAACAAGGAACGCCUCAACGAGACCAAGUUCAACCUCAUGAACAGCAAGAUCCAGAACCUUCUGAAAGAGGUCGCCACGCUCAGCAAGUCCGCGAAGAAGAACAAUAAGAACACGAAAACUGCGCUCAAUACUGAGAACAGCGGUAGCGGCACGGACAGCCCGAGCACCAAUUAGGACAAUUCUCCAUUUGGACCUUUUCUAAAUUUGUUGCAGGUAUUUGAUAAUCAGUUUCUGAUGUACCCUUUGACUGCCAAGACGUCAACUGACCGCACCCGAGGCGUAGCGUUCUAAAUGUUUAAUUGUUAUAGUCUGUGGUCACAUAAUUGAUCUUUAUUGAAUGCAACAAAUUUUUGAACAGUCCGGUAAACUAGUAAUAUGAAUCAGACGUGGAAACUAAUUCCUCUUAUUUUUUUACUCUACAAAUGGUUUUAUUUGUAGACUUUUUAAAACUUAAGCAUAAGUAGAUUUCAAUUGAAUAAUUUAAGUUUUAAUUUUUUUGUCGCAACAUUUUCUCAAUUUUACCUAAACUACAGGGAUGAUUGAAUAAAAUCGAAUAAUAAUUUAAUGAUUGAAACUCUGCGGGUCAAUAGUGAUCAAUAGUAAGGUGCUCAUAGUGUCUGAGCAGUCUUGAUGAUUUUCAUGUCUGUUUUUUUUAUAAUUCGGUCGCCAACAGUUUUACGUAUGUCGGUUUCUGCUUGUGCUGUUUGAACUUUUAUAUAAUACCUGUUAGUGGCGAGUUGUACGUAAUUGAACCAGCUUAUGUAACGUAUAGCGAGUAGUGGCAAGGGCAAUAGGCUAGUUUCCUACUAGUCAAUCAGUUCCUUUUUAAGAACUGUCAAAACGAUUUGCUAAUAUGCAAUUACUGUGAAAUACUGAGGA